AUGGAUCAUGGUGUUCGUUUUUCCGAUGACAGCUAGGCGCCACGGGCUCCAUUUGAACAGUAUGGUCAUCAUCACGAGUAGUAUGAAUAUGAGUGUACACGAGAAUGUGCUAUGACGUCGAGAACCCACCUACGUUUCUGCAGCCGAUUGGACUCGCACAGAUACCCAGCUAUCAUUUAAUAAACAGAGGUGGACUGGACCUCUCACUUUCUUCGCGGAUCUCGUCGCUGCACUGCAGGAGUUUAUUCACGCCUUUCCUCACUCCAGAACGCACCUGGGCACACGCUUGGUGUAACAGAAUAUUACCACUUCGAUCGGAAAACAGGUGGUGGUAAAAAGAUGAGAAGCGGCAUUUUGCUGGUGGCUUUGUUUGUCGCCAUGAAACUCCACUCAAGCCAGUCCAGCUGCGAGGAACCUGCGGCUGGGGCACACAGAUCAAUCGACUCCGAGGAGGGUCCAGGUUUGGGAAACAUCCAGCGGACCGUUCUGAAGAGAUAUAACGGUCUGGAUUAUGACAGCUUCGUCGGGCUGAUGGGGAGAAGGAGCGCUGAUAUAAAUGAUCUACCACCAUCUCCCCAUAAAAGGGAGAUGGACGACGUCUUUGUUGGGCUUAUGGGCAGAAGAAACUCUGAACUUGGUAACAUGCGUCCUUUGAGGAAGGAGGUGUUCCCAGAAAGAAGAAAAGGAGGUAUAUUCUUUAACAAGUGCAGACUGAGGUUUCGUCGUGGGUUAUAGACAAGACAUUCAUCUGGAGCCAUCUCUACCAUCCAGCUAAGGAAACACCCUUUUCAGAAGAUUGGAGAUAUUAUUAUACAAUACAGAAGAGCAACGAUAUAUUUUACAAAAACAAAGUAUUCUGAAAACUUCAAUGGAAUUUAAACUGACCAAACCAACAUAUUACUGUAACGUUCCAGAUGGGUUUUCAUAGUAACUAAACUAACAGUUUGUAUAUAACAUGUAUUGUCACAAAAAAAAAAGUCACAUCUGAUAUGAUCUAUUUCCUUAACAUAGUUGGUUCUUUUUCCCCAAAAGUUCAAGACAAAACACUUUUGUUGUUGUAAAUUAAAAUAUUAAUUUAACCUUUAA